AUGUCCACUCAAAAUGGAAUUUUGGGCGUUCUAACCUCCCAAAAACUGUGGACGGCACCUAGCAAGGAACAAUAUCUGCCAGCAUAUUUCAAGGAAAUAUGUGAUGAAUACCUUUUGUCAGAGGAUAAACAUAGAGUUUAUCCUGUUGAGGUUAGUGGUUCUUAUAUACAUUGGAAGUGAAUACCAGUAUGGAGCUGGCCUAUAGUUAAUUAAUUGGAAUGAUUUGUUUAAUAAAGCUUUUAUCACGGCUUUAAUGAACUAUUUAAACAUCCAAAAUGACAUUUUAAUGUUGUCUGAAUUAGUUUGAUUCCAGUAACAGAAACGAUCUUUUUAAUACUGUCAGGCAAAACUUUUGUAUACACAAUUCAGUUGCUCUUCAAUUGGUUUUUUUUUAAUAGUGUCUUGGUCUUCAAAGAAAUUCCAGACCUGCCACAUGGGUGAUUGGCUCCGAUUUUCACGUUCAACUUCUGGACGGAAAAGCGAAACGUAUACUUCAAGUGAAUCGCUAUACAGUGUAAUUGAAAACAUCCCAUUUGUCAGACAAUUGGAUUUCGAAGGUGAUUCAGUGUAUAGUGUAUAUAAUUGCAGGUUAAUUGUAUGUUAGAGUGGUGGAAAUGUCUGAGACAGUGGUCGAGAGAUAACCGUUAAAGUAGUUAGUAUAAGAUUCUUUAGGCUUUUGCAUAACGAUUAAUGGUUAAUAGAAAAAGGAAUGUAACACUAACUGUGAUUAUUGUUUAGGCGACCUUGAUGGUGGGAAAAGCCUUAUCGAAUUGAUUGAAUUGAUGGAACAUUAUAUGAAAGAUAAUUUUUUGGCAACAUUGCUUGUUUUGGGUGGACUUGGGAUUGGUGUCCAUUAUGAGCAAUUAAAUAAAAAAUCAGAUCGUGGUGUACCGCUCAUAAUGGUGUACGGACAGCCGGUAUCGGGGAAAUCAACCGCUACGUCAAUUGCAAUGUCCAUUCUUGGUCAUAAAACAAGCAUUGGCAGUAUGUACAGGGCAGUUUUGCAAUGAAAGCAAUGUACUUUAUUCAUAUAAGCAUGUUAUACCUGCAUGCAUGGAUUUAAGAAAUUGCGAAGCUUGUCAGUUUAUCAGAUUUAAUUUGUUAUUAAUGUAAUAAGAUAUCCGUGAAUGGUUUUUGGCGGAAUAGGUGGAAUUAGAAUUGGUAUUUUUAUCUUAUAUUCAACCAAAUGUGUACCACGCUACUAAUAGUAAUAUACAUUUCAAACCAUGAAUUCCUAGUUUGUUUCAAGUAUAAAUACCUGUGAAUGCCAUAUGAUAAAUUUUUUAUUAACCUCGCUUGCUCGGUAUGUACACAGAAAUAUCGGACCUCGGUCUUCUUGUACAAACAUUGCCCUAUACGCCACAGGCUCGGUCUGUACCAAAAAGAACAGUCGGUCCGACAUUUCUCCAUGUACAAACCUCGCAUUCGAUUAAUUAUAAGAAAUUAAUGUGUUUUUGUAAUUUCUCUAGAAUUAACGUCAGCUGGCGCCUUGAAGUUGACCAAAGGUCAAACCCUUCCGUUUUGGUGGGACGAUGCGUCAGAUUUCUCUGUUCUAGAAGAAUUGGCAGUUUCUUCAUACAACAACGUAAGAAUAAUUUUAAUGAAUAUUUUUCUAUAUAUAUGGAUCAUGAAUGUACUUUGAUCUCCUCACAGCUCAUCAUUGAUGCCAACAUCUGAAUGACAAAACUCACAAUUUUACCGCUUUUAGGCCAACCCCAGUAAUUAUUGUAUUGUAAACAUACCAUAAAGUGAUAAAGUUCAAAGUAUUUAAUAAUAAAGUAUCCAGUGACAGAGCUUUAUUUUUUCAAUUUUUUUAUUUGAAAUUUGUAAGUGCGUUAACAGUUCCAACAAUGUAUAUAGCUUCCACGGAAUUAAUCAUUUCAAACCGCAAGCAACACGGCACAUGGUCGUACGGAUGUUCUGAUGAUCACUUCUUCUUUUUCAUUAAUGUCUAAUGAAUAUCUCAAUAAAAUGUUAUAUAAUAAUGAAAGUGUUAUAUUCCUCCCUGAGCUAUAUUAGGCAAAUAAAUUUAUCAAUAUAAAAUCCAGAUAAUAUGCCACUACACAUAAAUGCAUGCAGGUUCUCCAUUUACAGUAAUUUAAUUAUACUAUAUGUAUAUAAUACAUAUAGUACUAAGUUUUGCAUGUAUAUUCACUAGCACAUAAUCAGUAUUAUAUAUACGUUUUGUAGUCCAUCAAGCAAACAGCCUACAGCAAACCUGCAACGAGUUCAAGAACCAAUGCUCUAAUAACAAUGAAUCCCAACUGUAUUCCAAAAAAAAUCAGAGGUGAUAAGCAAAUGAUGAUAAGGUAAAAAUGCAUGCAUUUUAUUAUAUAAAGAAUAGUGCUUUAUAGAGAUUUCGAGCACUGAUGAAAGUGAUAAUCUCACAUGUGUGAUUAUUCAUGAUAAUCGCACAUGUGAAAAUUAUCGCUUUUCAAUUAUCGCUUUUCUGUAAAAAUUAUCGCUUUUCAAAGACUGUCCUUUAUAUAAUAAACAGAAAAAUACACGGGUGCUUGGAAAUACCAGAUUUAUUUCUCGUGUUGAACAUGAUAUCUCACUCGUUCGUUGCGCUCACUCGUGAGAUAUCGAUCAUGUUCAACACUCAAAAUAAAUCUGGCAUUUCCGCGCACCCAUGUAUUAUUCUUUAUAUAUCUUUUUGGUAAAAUCAUCUAACAACUCAAUAACACAUUCCUUUCAUAAAAUUAGAGUGUUUUCACGGAUUGCAGUAAUCCCAUUCAAGGAAAUUAAUGAGGAACAGAACCUGGAAACAUGUAUGUUCCUGGAUGAGAAAUUAAAAACUAUAACAACGCAUUUGGCAAAGAGCGUUGGUGUUUUUUUGGAGCUUGCUCCACAGUUUGAUGUGAUGCACCGGGAUCAAAUGUUUAUACAGAUAUCGUCACAAGUGAAAAAGAACAAAUUGGACGUUCGUGCCCAGUUCAAUUAUGCCUUGUUGCUCUAUUCAACAGGAAAGGUAUAGCCACAAUAUUCAAUCAAGGCAACUUGUAGACUUUUAAAGCAUGCCAAAACGUUAAAUCAUUCGCAUCCGAUCUUUUAUGAUAUAGAAACUAUCGCCUUCGGCUUGAGUUUGCAUAUCUGAUAAAGAUCGCCGGAUCGGCUGCAAAUGUGUUAACUAUAGAGUAUAGUACACAUUAUCCUAAAAGUACAACGUAUUUCAGAUCAUUUUUUAUUGAACCACAUAGCUAUAAGCACGUAAUUAUUUUUCUAUAUUUCUUCUAAUUAGAUGCUAGAAAAGGUGGGGUUGAAAGACCGUUUUUUCCCCGGACUGCUGGAGUUUUUCUGCAAUGUAGUUACGCAGCAGUACAAAAACAUUACACUAACUGACACACAGCCUUCAAGUUCAAGAGUAGCUGAAACACCAACAUUAACAAACGACAUGACGGCAAUUUUAAUUGCUAUAGUCACAAGCGCUACCAAAAAUCCAAUUGAGGUAAGUUACAUGAUAGACUCCACUCUCUAGGCUAUAGCUCAGACAAGGUUUAUGGGGGGGGGAUGUUGACUCUGAAACAAUUAUGACUAAUUCAAUGUAAUGAAAAUAUCAAUUUGAUAUGCCAUACGGCUAGUUUUUCUAAUUUUAGCAUUGUCUAUAAUUCCUUAAUUAUUUAAAACAUCGAUUACUCAUUCAAUAUACUGCAUGGAUUAUCUUAAUAUUGACUGUCGGUUACUUUGUAUCAAUCUCGAACCCUUUAAUUAAAACCUAUCAAGCAGAUUAAACAGUAACGAGAGAGUAAAGUGAAUGAAAUUUUAACAUAUUUAGGUGUGUCAAUUCUUCGUACCAAAAUUUUACGCCAGAGCUUGUGGUUGUGGAGAGGUGUUUGGAUUUAAGGUGACUGAUGCGUUGGAAUACCUAGGCAAAAGCAAUAAAGGGUUGGAGAACGCAUUAAGAAGUCACAUUCGGACAUCUUGUCUGGGAUGUAACGGAGUGCGCAUAAAUGUUGGUGAAGGGCAGCCGAAAGGAUCACACAUACAAAGAAACAAAUUGCCCGAAGCUAUAAUACAAAACUUGGACAAGGGUUAGUUAAACAUUCAAAGUAGGUAGAUCGAAUCGCAGUCUCUAUAAUUUUCCGUGUCCAUAUUACAUAUACGGUAUUCCGUUUCCAAAUGUAUUAUUAUACCUAACGUUGAACAUACCAUGAAAACAAUGUGUGCAAACGUUCUUUGCUGAUCGUUUAAACAAAUAUUAUAUAAACAUUCCCUCAUUCCUUGUUCUCUAAUCUCGUGUUAAGAAAAUUUUGAUAAUUUCUACAUUAAUAAGUCAUGUUAAUGUAUCAUGUUAUGUUGUUUUCAGUAUUUCCCGAUGCAAAAAAAUUAGCAGAAAUAAAUCAAAAACAGAAAUCUUCAGGUAUACAUUCUAUUUAUAUUAUUUUUGGUACAGUACGCAUUUAUUGAUGCGCUACGCAUUUAUUGUUCGUAUAGUGUAAACAGGCAGACGUCAUUACUCAGAGGUAUAGAGUAUAUUAUGUAAUAUAAAACAUUUUCCCGGUUGAUAUUUAAUUUAGCAAUUAUGCGCCGAAGGCGUGGUGAUUAUGGGGGAAUAUUCACCGAGAUGAAAAAAAAGUCUUGUUGCCACAAGUCGUUUGUGUUUUUUGGGACUGAUUUUAUUUUAAUUUCGCUUAUUUCUUUAUUAGUAACUUCCACAAAACGCCUAGCCACUGCAGACAAGAAGCUCCCUGAAGUGCUAAAUGAUCACACUGGUAAAUGAAUUGCCUUUAUAUUAAUUUACUUCUUAUAUCUGCAGUUGUAAACGACUUCUUUUAACAAUCAGCGGACGCCAUAUAUUGCUAUAUAAAUAUAUGUUUAUACAUUUUUAGCCACUGCCACUGGCACUGCAGGCAAGAAGCUCCCUGAAGUGCUAAAUGAUCACACUGGUAAAUGAAUUGCCUUUAUAUUAAUUUACUUCUUAUAUCUGCCGUUGUAAACGACUUCUUUUAACAAUCAGCGGACGCUAUAUAUUGCUAUAUAAAUAUAUGUUUAUACAUUUUUAGCCACUGUAAACAAGAAGCUCCCUGAAGUGCUAAAUGGUCACACUGGCAAAUGAAUUGCCUUUAUUAAUUUACUUCUUAUAGUUGCAGUUGUAAACGACUUCUUUUAACAAUCAGCGUACGAUAUAUUUUUAAAAAUAUAUAGGCUAUGUUUAUACAUUUUUACCCACUGUAGGCAAGAAGCUCCCUAAAGUGCUAAAUGAUCACACUGGUAAAUGAAUUGCCUUUAUUAAUUUAUUUCUUAUAUAGUGGGACCCUAAUAUAUGUUUAUAAAUCUUUAGACACUGGAGACAAGGAUCAACAUGAAAUGUCAGAGAAUGACGAUGGUAAAUUGCCUUUUUUAUAAUUAAUAUUUGUCCCUUUAUCUCUAUAACUUUAUUUACUUCCUAUGUUUGGAGCCGUAGACGUCUUCUAACAUUCAGGUACCCUAAUAUAUGUUUUUAACUUUUUAGAACCUGAAGACAAGGAUCAACAUGGAAUGUCAGAGGAUGACGAUGGUAAAUUGCCUUUUUUAUAAUAUAUUUGUCCCUUUAAUCUUUGUAUAUAUUAACCUGAUUUACUUCUUAUGUUUGGAGCCGUAGACGUCUUAUAACAUUCAGCGGACACUAAUAUAUGUUUUUAAAUUUUUAGAAACUGGAGACAAGGAUCAACAUAAAAUGUCAGAGGAUGACGAUGGUAUAAAAGACCUUUUUUAAUCAAUUUUAUCUAACUUUAAAUUACUUCUUAUAAGUUCGCAGGUGUAAACGACGUUUCUCCAACUGUAUUGGACCAUAAACGUAGAAAUUAGUAUAAUUGCUCUUUCAUGGGGAUUAUAUAGUUAAGAUUGGGAUAAUAGUCAAGAUGACUUCAUUCAUACAAUUACAUUUAGUACUAAUUUUAAGAGGAUGACAUUUAUAUAUAUUUUUUAUAUAUAUCCGCCGUAUAGAAAAGGAACCAGAAGAUGACGUUGGUAAAUGACCUUUACUAUAUUACAUAUGUUUUUUUCCUAUCUAAAAUAAGUAUAACUAUUAACGCCGAUUCAUGCACUUAAUGGAACUGUCGAGCAUGAGCAUGCAUGCAGGUUGACAAUGUAUGUUAAUUUAAGAAAAUGACGUACUUUACGCCGUAGAGAAUCGCGUAUGAUUGACCUCUUCUACAUAUGGUUUAUUUAUCUCUUUUAUCUAACUUUAUUGUAUAAAGUAUAAUGCUUUAUAGAGAUUUCGAGCACUGAUGCAUGUGACAUUAUUUAUGAUAAUUUCACAUGUGAAAGUUAUCGCUUUUCAAUUAUCGCUUUUCUGUAAAAAUUAUCGCUUUUCAAAGACUAUCCUUUAUAUAAUAAACAGGAAAAUACAUGGAUGCUUGGAAAUACCGGAUUUAUGUCUCGUGUGGAACAUGAUAUUUCCGCGCACCCAUUUAUUAUUCUCUAUUUAAUUUACCUCUUACAUUGUGGCAGCUCGGUUUAAACGACUUUUUUUCUAACAGUUUCUCUUUUCCUAAAUCCUAACAUGUGUUUAUAUAAAUUUUUAGCCACUGGAGACAAAAACCAACAUGAAAUACCAGAGGAUGACGAUGGUAAAUGAAAAAUAGUGAAACCUUUUUAAUUUUAGUUCGUGCAAAAACGUAGUUUGCGACUUUAUGUCGGACUUUAUAACGCAGCGGAAAGUAUAAAGUACAAGUAAUUGGACAUGAACAUUAAUAAAUAUGAAAAAGGAACGCCGAUUACUUUGCAAUUGCAUGAUUGCUUUGCGAUACUUCUAGUGCGAUAGCAGUGAUGGGCUUCAUGAAGUAUGAUACGUCCAAUGAAGUGGCAUCAGUGGCGUUACCGAGGCCAUUACGCUCGGGGGGGUGUAUUUCUCUAUACUUACCGACUGGAAUUCCCCCCUCCCCUAAAACCCUGGAGAGCGGGGAAGGGAAGGGUUUAGAACCAUGCAGCGUCAACUGCAUCUUACUGAAAAAUUUCACGAGUGCAAACAGGUCAUUCACUGAUUUUGCCUAACAUUUUAGUCGGUAUGUCCAUUUACCGACAUUGUAUCAAUUUACCUACCAAUUUCAAACUUUACCGACCAUUUUCCAAAAAUACUGGUGGGCCGGUGUCACAAACACAACACCCCUCUCCUCGGCACGCCCCUGCGUGGCAUUAUCCAUGAUUCAUCAUCUAAUAGAGCAUACUAUAAUAAAAAUGCAGAUCGACGUAUGUAUAUAUUAUUAUGAAUAUCAUUUUUGUUGCUCUUUUUAUCAAUAUAUACAGAAAACAAGGAGCUACUGAAAGUACUAGAAGGCGACGAUGGUAAGUUUUAGUUGUAUUUUUAUUUGUUGUUGUAUAAAUGCAGCUAUAAAAAAAAGCAAUUCUUCCUGUAUCAAUGGGCCAAUAAACGUCAAUAUUGUAAGCAUUAAGCAUCACACUUUGAUGAAAAUGAUAUUUAAUUUGUUCUUUUUUAACCACUGUAGACAAAGAGCUUCCUGAAAUACUACAACCAGGAAAGGAUAAAAACGGUAAAUGGCCCUUUCUAUCGCGAUUCGUCUCAUCUAGAUUACUAUAACUUUAAUUAAUUUACUUUUUAUGUUCAGUUUACGUAAACCCUUUUCUCCAACGAACCGUCAUUGGACCCUAUUAUUACACUUUCAUGCACUGAAGAUGACAUUUAAUUAUAUAUUUUCAGCCAGUGGUGACAAGGAAGCUGAAACUCCAGUAUCAGAAGAUGACGAUGGUAAAUGGCCUAUUAUAUCACUAAUAGAACCAAUUAAACAAAACCUAGGAAAAUUACGAUAAUUGCAAGUUAUUAAAAGGAAGGACAUUCCAAAGCAAAACGCAGCACUUAUAUAAGCCUAUUUCCCAUUUCAUUUAUUUAAAGGAGACACAACGUAUCUCCUUCAAUGGCAGUUACAUGCUUUCAUGUCUGCAUGGUUUUCACAAGCGAUGCAAGCAUAAUUAGCAUUGUAUUUAUAAAAGGCCAUCACGGAACAACUGUGGAUCCGCAUAGCUAUGAUACUGUCUAUAUAGGCUGACAAAAAAGUCAUCACAUAUUUUAACUAAUCUAACGUAAAACUCCUCUCAAAUAUAUAUUUUAGUGACGUCCCAAACAAUGAAAGAGAAAGUGAUCAAACGAAAGAAAACCCAAGCAUUAGAAGACGGGCUAAAAACAUAUUUUCAGCCAUCGUCCAAAAAACGCUCACGAAAACCGAAAAUUUUUUAA